AUGGCCUCCGUUGCGCGUCAAGCAAACGCGGACCUCAGACGAAGAACUACUCAACCCCCUCCACCUCCACACCACCACGACCCCCCCUCCCUCCCCGACCCAAAGACCACCCAUCCACCAUGCUCGCCCCUCCCCCCUUUCACCACCCCCUGGCGCCUCCGAAGCCGCAACCCCAGCCUCGCCUCCCGCCUCUUCACGCGCCUCAUCGAACUCUUCCUCACCUCCCUCGCCAUGAUCCUCCUCCCCACGCUCCUCCAAACGCUCGUCCACGCCCUAUCCUCCAUCCACGACCUCAUGUCCCGCCACGCCCGCUCACCCUUCGACUCCACCCCCUGGCUUCAACUCUCUAUUGGCUCCUUACUCCUCCUCGCCUGGCACGUAUGCCUCAUCUACCUGAGCUACCGGCACGUCAGCGGAGAAGGGGAAACGCACUCGUGGGCGCGGGACGUGGAGGACUGCACGGCAUGGCCGAGGUGGAAAAAUAUCGUCUUGGGCGGGAUUUUGCAUUGCGUUCUCGUCCCUGCGUAUCUGCUCUGCUGUCUCGGGGUAUCUGCUUUACGACUCAAAGCGCGCCUCGACGCACGUGACGCGCCGAUGAUGCCGGCACACGCAGCUGUAUUGGACGAAGUGGAUGGGCUGAGAUGA